AUGGCUCCCAAUUUCGUAAUGGGCCGUCCUAAUAUGCCCAUGAAUGCCCUCAACCAUCCCAAGAACGCCGCUCAACCCGGUCAGCCCAUGGCUUCCCCUCAAGCCGCCGAUGCCACCAUUCUCUACUCUUUCAAUAUCCCAUUCGCUUCCGAUCUUGCGGGCCCCGAUACUGAGGACAUUCUUCACGCAACCACUGACGCUGUCCUGCGAUGGACACACCCCGAGGACGCGCCGGACGACGUCCAGAUUCACGAGCUGCCUAUCCAUGUUCAGAACCUGAACAACCUCCACAGGAUGUGCCAGGAGAUUACCAACGGGCCGCUUCCUGUUGAGGCAUAUGUCCUGUCAACAAUGCUCAAGGGCGGAAAAGGCCAACAGGUUGCUACUGUUUGUCUCUCGGGCUCUCCAGAGCUGGUCCACAAGAGCCGAGAGACUAUUUUGAAUGAUACCCCAAUUUCUCUUCGCUGCACCACCAUUGAUAUCGAUGGUCAACUCGUCUGCGACCUCAAUGCCGGAGUGCUCAAGAAGCCUGUCACUGAUACCCUCGAUUACAUCUCCACCUUCUGUGGCGUAGAUAUCUUCCUUCUUGGCCCCAAGCUGACCCCUGUUGUGGACGGUAUGACUGGUGAUGCUGAAUUACGCAUGGAUCAGCGCUGGAGAGUUGCAAUCUACGGUGAUAUACUAUCAUCCGAGCACGCCAAGGCUCGUGUUCUGAUCCACAUCGAUACUCUGCUCGGCCGAAUUGUCGAUGGUACCAAACUUGAGGCUUCCCUCCACCAGCUUGUCUGUGGCCGACAUCGCAAGAAUAUCAAGCUCAUUGAGUCUUCCACUGGAACUGCCAUCUACUUCCCACCCCCGUUCUCGGAACAGAAACUGCACGAAACUGUCCAGCGCAUCAGGUUGUACGUUAAGGACGUCACAAUUCCUGCUGCCAAGAUCGACAGUAUUCUGCUUGGUCGUCUAGAUAAGGUCCGGAAGAUUCUCGAGGCCAACGGCACCUUCAUCAUGUUCCCUCCCCUGGCUACUCAGCGUAACAUGGUCCGAGUUCAAGGAAGCGAAGGUCUUCACGUUGAGCGAACUGUGCGAGAGAUCAUGUCCUUGGCUGGUCAAUUCUACAGUGCGGGAUGGUUCAUUCAGCCGGCUGAUGCCAGGCAAUUCCCUCACCCCAACGACAUCAAGAGUUUGCUUGUUGAUAUCUGCGCCAACUCCGAUGCCGACCUUUCCUUCGAUAAGCUGAGUUUCACCAUCACUGGCUCUGAUGACGCUGUCAAGACAGCUCUUCAAGUCAUUUCGGAGAUGAAGUUCAUUUCUCAAUCUCAGUACCAGAUCCGCGUCAAGAUUGAGCUUGCCAACGAGCACAAGGAAUUCGUCAGUGGCAAAAAGAAUGGCAAAAUCAACAAGAUAAUGGGACAGAGCAAUGUGCAGAUCAUUUUCGAUGGUUUCAACGAGUACAACUUCAACAUCGAUGUCAUGGCAGCAACUUAUGAGUCCAUGAAGCAGGGCCUCACUCUUGUGGAGCAAGAAAUGCCUGCAUCUAUUUCGUUCCAUGUGCCGGAUCAGUACCACAAACGCAUCAUCGGUAUUGGUGGUCAGCACAUCCAGCGCAUCAUGAAGAAGCACUCAGUCUUUGUCAAGUUCUCCAAUGCUAUGGAUAGAGGCGGAAUGGGUCGAGAAGACGACGAUAUCAAAGUCGAUAAUGUCAUCUGCCGCACACCAGCUCGAAACGCCCAGAAUCUGGACGCUGUCAAGAACGAGAUCUUGGAGAUGGUCGAUCGUGCCGAUUCUGAGUACACAUCUCAGAUUGUCAGCGUUGACCGCCUCUAUCAUCGCCAGCUUAUCGCUAGACUUCCCGAGAUCGAUGACCUGGAGCAGAAGUACAACUGCAAGAUCAACUUUCCCAGCACUGAGCAAGCCAGUGAUGAAGUUACUGUUAACGGUCCACAGUGGCAGGUUCCUCACUGUGUCGAUGAGUUUCUCGGCAUGGUCCCAGAUAAGCAUGAGCUUGUUCUCGCCAGAACUCCUGAGCUGGUCAAAUUCCUCGAGUCUCCUGAAUUCGCUCAUGACCUCGUGCCCAAGCUGAAAGCCCAGCAUGAGGUUGAACUCAGCGUCAGGCAGAACCCCGACGAGCUCACCGAGAGCGGCGAGCCUACGGUCACUCUUCUUUGGGGGUUUACCCGCAACAACGCCGGUGGUCUCCGUGAUGCUAUGGACUUCAUUCAGUCUCAAUUCGCAACUUCCGGAGCUGAGAUCAAUGUCGUGAAGGGCGCUCUUCCCCGCCCCAAGUCCGACUCGUUUGAAGAUUCUCUGCAGUACUUCGACUCUAAGCUUUUACAGCACGCUCCUGCACCUGUCGCCACUGAUUCUCCUAUCAAGACUGGCUUUGGCGAUGAAGUCGCUCGCGAGCGAAGCAGUAUUCUGGACCGUCUCCGAAAGCCUGGCAGUAUGACGUCAAUUUCAUCUUUCUUGGACCGUAGAAAGAACAGCUCUCAUUCUGGCAACAGUAACUUUUUCAAGGGUUCAAGCAACGUCUCUAAAUCUUCGCUCAUUUCGAUCGAAUCGACCCGCAGCUUCAAUGCCGACCGAAACCCCUGGAACGACAGCGGCGUCAAUCUCCCCGACGACGACAAUCCUUGGGCUCCUCGAACCUUCGGCACUCAUAUGGACAACAAAUUGUCUAUUCCUCAACCUGGCGAUGUCACACCUCGCCACAGCACCCGCGCGUCUGGCGACAGCGGGCGCCCUUCCACUUCUCAUUCUAUGAAUUCAGGAUACCCCGCCCCUAUUGGGCCUUUCCGUUAG